AAGUAAAAAGAAAUAUUGAAAAUAAGCUUUUAUAUAACAACCUUUAAACACUGCAAAUCAAAUCUCUCAUAAAUUUCCAAUCAAAAAUGGCAGAGAACAAAACGUUUCCGGUUUCUUCAUCUGACGAUCGACCCAAGAUCUUCCGUAACCCAGACGGAACGUACACUCGUCUGAUCAAUUUUCCAACCAUCCCUGCUUCACCCGAUCCCGGCUCGUCCACCUCUCCGGUUCUAUCCAAGGACCUGACCAUUAACCCAACAAACCAAACAUGGCUACGAAUAUAUCUACCACGUCAUUUACUCGAUCAAUCUUCCUCAACAGAAUUUAAUAAGCUCCCUCUCAUCGUUUACUAUCACGGCGGUGGCUUUGUUUUCUUGAAUGCAGAUUCAAAUGUAUUCCACGAUUUUUGCAUAACAAUGGCUGAAAAAGUCAACGCAAUCGUUAUAUCCGUUGACUACCGCAAUGCACCGGAACACCGUCUUCCGGCAGCUUAUGAGGACGCCGUUGAAGCUUUGCACUGUGUUAAAACAAGUCAAGAUGGUUGGAUAACGAAUUUUGCUGAUUUAUCAAACUGUUUUCUUAUGGGUAGUAGUGCAGGUGGCAACAUAGCUUACCAUGCAGGGCUAAGGGUUUGUGAAAAUAUUCAGAAUUUAUACCCGUUGAAAAUCAAGGGUUUGAUUCUGCACCAUCCAUUUUUUGGCGGAUCGGAGAGAACCAUGUCGGAGCUGAAAAUGGUGAAUGACCCGGUUUUGCCACCGGCGGCAAGCGAUUUCAUGUGGGAUUUAUCCUUGCCGGUUGGUUCAAACAGGGAUCAUGAGUACUGUAAUCCGAUGUCUGAAUUAGGGUUCAACGUGAGGGAACGUAUUAUAGGAGUGGGUUUACGGGUCAUGGUUACGGGUGGUCGUGAAGACCCGUUGAUUGACCGUCAGGUGGAAUUUGCUAAGAUGUUAGAGGAGAAAGGUGUGAAAUGUUUGACCCAUUUUGGUGCUGGUUACCAUGGUGUAGAGCUAACAGAGCCGUCCAAAGGUGGGUCACUUCUUCUGGUUGUAAAAGAUUUCAUUUCAUAAUCUUCUAUUCUAUAAAAUCAUGCAUCUAUAAAAUAUGCAAUUGUAUUAGGCUGAAUACAUAGUUUGACCCCUGAACUUGUACCUUUUUACCCAUCUAACCCCUAAACAUAAUGUCUCCUCUAUCGAACCUCUGAACUUGUCAAAUAAUCCGAUUUGACCCCUGAACUUGAUAAAAACGUAAACAUUGAACCCCUCCGUACACAAUUUCUUCUAGAAUGUUUCAAGUGACAGGUGGCACGGAGGGGUUCAAUAUUUACGUAUUUAUCAAGUUCAGGGGUUAAAUCGGAUUAUUUAACAAGUUCAGGGGUUCGAUAGGUGAGACGUUAAGUUUAGAGGUUAGAUGGGUAAAAGGGUACAAGUUCAGGGGUCAAACUAUAUAUUAAGCCAUUGUAUUACUUAAUAUAGCUAUCUAUUUGACAAUGUACAAUUCCUUUCUUUUAUAAUACUUCCUUGGUCGCUUUUAAUAUUUUUCUUUUGUUUUCAAUGAUAAUAUUAGUACACAUUUUCUUUUCUUAUUUGUA